GUUGAUUGCGUUAGUUUGUGCGGGGACACCAGUGGAGCCACAGAGGAGAAAGUACAGAUGGCCUUUGUCCAAGCCCAGCAAUAUCAUCCAUGUGUGCUCCUGCGCAGAGACCGGGACAGGCUAGGAGAGGAUGCCAGGGUCAUCGCUACUCUGAGGCAGCUCCUCCUGGACAGAGACCCAGCACUGAGCCACCCUGUCCUGGUGAUCGGCACCACCUGCAAGCCCCAGGAUAUUCCUACAGAUGUGCAGAGCGCUUUCCUUCACGAGGUGAAAAUUGAAGCCCCGUCAGAAGAGCAGAGGAGGUCGAUGCUGAGCGUGCUAACUGCCAGUCUACCUCUGGGCAAAGAAGUGAGCCUGUCCAAGCUGGCCCGCAGGACUGCAGGCUUUGUGUUGGGAGAUUUCUGUGCCUUGUUGUCCCACAGUAGUCGGGCUGCCUGUACCCGCAUCCAGGCCUUGAGUUUUCCAGGUGGACUGAGCGAGGAAGUGGAGAGAGAUUUUUGUACUGCUGGGUUCCCCAUGCUUGAGGAGGAUUUUAAUGUUGCACUGGACCAGCUGCAUGAUGCCCAUUCGCAGGCAGUGGGAGCCCCAAAGAUCCCCUCUGUAUCCUGGCAGGAUGUUGGUGGACUCCAGGAGGUGAAGAAGGAGAUCCUGGACACUAUCCAGUUGCCCCUGGAGCACCCAGAGCUGCUGUCACUGGGUCUGUGCCGCUCUGGUCUGCUGCUGUACGGGCCUCCAGGAACAGGGAAGACCUUACUGGCAAAAGCCGUGGCAACUACAUGUGCCAUGACAUUCCUUAGUGUGAAAGGGCCAGAGCUCAUCAACAUGUAUGUUGGACAAAGCGAGGAGAAUGUGCGUAACGUGUUUGCCAGAGCCAGGGCAGCUGCUCCCUGCAUCAUCUUCUUUGAUGAACUGGAUUCCUUGGCCCCCAGUCGUGGGCGGAGUGGAGAUUCAGGAGGUGUCAUGGACAGAGUUGUCUCACAGCUCCUGGCUGAGCUCGAUGGCCUUCAUUCCAGCAGAGAAGUAUUUGUCAUUGGAGCAACAAACAGGCCCGACCUCUUGGACCCAGCUCUGCUCCGACCGGGCAGGUUUGACAAGCUGGUCUACGUGGGCAUAAAUGAAGACCGGGAGUCGCAGCUGCAGGUGCUGAGCGCUGUGACCAGAAAGUUUAAACUGGAUCCUUCUGUGAAUCUCACCACCAUCCUUGAAAAAUGUCCAUCCCAGCUGACAGGAGCAGAUAUCUACGCCCUGUGCUCAGAUGCCAUGAUGUGUGCUGUCAAACGCAAGGUGGAAUGGAUUGAGGAAGGGCUGGAUACUGAGAGCUCUGCUUUGAUCCUGACCAUGGAAGACUUCCUGCAGGCUGCUGAAAGGUUGCAGCCGUCAGUCUCUGAGCAGGAGCUGCUCAAGUACAGACUCAUCCAGCAGAAGUUUGCUGCCUGCUAAUGCUCAGCAGAGCUGGGACUGGAGGAGCCAUGGGAACAGGCUGUGAAGGAGUGGAAGAGAAUAGGCACAAACAGACACCUGCCUGCUCUUGUUGGAGGUCUCUUGGGCCCCCUUCUUUU